AUGAAGCUCCUGGUACUCGUUAUGUUGCUUGGUGUCUCUACUAUCCUGGUCUCUUGCCAGGACGCAGCCACAGAGAGCCCUGGCACUUCUGAUACUGCUGCUUCUACAGGUGCUGCAGACGAAACCAGCAACACUGAACCUGAGGCAGCAGCUGAAACCAGCACCACUGAAUCUGAGGCAGAAGCUGAAUCUACUGAUGAGGUCACUGAAGCUGCCCCUGAAGAAACCCAGGCAGAAGAAGGCAAUGAAGAUGUCACUGAAGAAAAGCCCAAAGAAAACAUCAUUGACAAAGGAAAAACCGUUAUCAGUAAAAUUAUUGAAAAACUGAAGAAAGAUUUAUCUUUCCUGGGAUGA